AUGAUGACACUGACUACAUUCAGCAGAGACGAUCUUCGGAUCGAAACUAUUUUAUUUACACAAUGCGAGGCCAGCUGGGACCAGUCGUUGGAGCAGACAUUUUCCGCUGUCAAGAUUGCGUUCCUCUACGUUCUACCUUUACUCUUCAUGUCAGUUGCCUACUUCCAGAUCGUCAAGGUACUCUGGUCUUCUGACAACAUUCCUGGUCAGAUAGUAGGAGGUGGAAGCUGCAGGAGGGGAGGUACCUUCGCCAACGCCAGCGCUGAAGGACAGUUGAGGUCUAGAAGAAAGGCUGCAAAGAUGUUAGUCGCCGUUGUUAUUAUGUUUGCGCUCUGCUACCUUCCUGUUCAUCUCCUCAGCAUCUUAAGAUGA